GCACGUGUAUAUUUACGAGAUCCUCCAGGUUCUAACAGUGUUCUUUGGAUGGUUCGGACUCACUUUCCACUUUGCCAAGCUUCCUAAUAUCGGAAUAUACAUUUAUCUCGCCAUCAAGGUUUUUCGACAAUUGGUUCUCUCUCUUCUUGUAUUCACCACUAUCCUGCUUGCCUUCUCCUUCUCCUUCCACCUGGCGCUGAGGAAGCAUCACGUGUUCGACAAUGCCUUCACUUCCUUCUUGAAGUGUAUUAAUAUGAUGGCCGGUGAAUACAACUUUGAUUAUAACUUCACGUUUCAAUCAGUUCGCGAUGUUGGUGGAAGUAAUGGAGUUGUGCAGAUUCUACUUUUAGCAUUUAUUCUGCUUGUCAGCGUUACUAUUGCAAACUUGAUCAUUGCAAUUGUUAUUGCUAACAUUAGCAAGUUUAUGGAGGAGGCAGAUUAUUAUCAACUCGAGAAGACUGUAGACCUUCUUUCAACUGUACACAACAUUAAACAGACAAUUAUCAGAAUAUUUCCUUCCUCAAAACAAAUAUUUGCUCCAACACUACAUGAUUAUGUUGGACAGAAAACACAUCUGUGUGUAAAGAUAACUGAAACAAAUCCGUCCUUAUCCAUGUUGGUUCGAAUACAGAACUCGUUCCGAUCAGCUUCAAGCCGGUUCUAUCCUGUAUACACAUAUGAUACCAACUACAGGGAGGCAGGACCUCAGACUGAUCUAGUUCUUCCAGAGAAGAUUCUCUCCGCUGCUCUAGAGAUAUGUAGAGAAAGAGAGAAAGAACAUUUUAGUUUUCCUGGGUACAGUGAUUACAGUUCAGAUUGGAGAGAUUUGAUUGGAGAUAUGUCAUUCCCAUCCCUUGAUAGUUCAAUCCUUCCCAUCCCUAGAUAGUUUAAUCCUUCUCAUCCCUUGAUAGUUCAAUCCUUCCCACCCCUUGAUAGUUCAAUCCUUCCCAUCCCUUGAUAGUACAAUCCUUCCCAUCCCUUGAUUGUUCAAUCCUUCCCAACCCUUGAUAGUUCAAUCCUUCCCACUCCUUGAUAGUUCAAUCCUUCCCAUCCCUUGUUAGUUCAAUCCUUCCCACCCCUUGAUAGUUCAAUCCUUCCCAUCCCUUGUUAGUUCAAUCCUUCCCAUCCCUUGAUAGUUCAAUCCUUCCCACCCCCUUGAUAGUUCAAUCCUUCCCAUCCCUUGUUAGUUCAAUCCUUCCCACCCCUUGAUAGUUCAAUCCUUCCCAUCCCUUGAUAGUUCAAUCCUUCCCAUCCCUUGAUAUUAAAAUCCUUCUCAUCCCUAGAUAUUAAAAUCCUUCCCAUCCCUAGACACUAGAAUCCUUCCCAUCCCUUGAUAUUAGAAUUCUUCCCAUCCCUAGAUAUUAAAAUCCUCCCCAUCCCUAGAUAUUAAAAACCUUCCCAUCCCUAGAUACUAAAAUCCUUCCUAUCCCUUGAUAUUAAAAUCCUUCCCAUCCCUAGAUACUAAAAUCCUUCCCAUCCCUAGAUAUUAAAAUCCUCCCCAUCCCUAGUUAUUAAAAUCCUUCCCAUCCCUAGAUACUAAAAUCCUUCCCAUCCCUUGAUAGUUCAAUACUUCCCAUCCCUUGAUAGUUCAAUCCUUCCCAUACCUUGAUGGUACAAUCCUUCCCAUCCCUUGAUAGUUCAAUCCUUCCCAUCCCUAGAUAUUAAAAUCCUUCACAUCCUUUGAUAGCAGAAAUCCGUUGAGCCCUUCUAUUUAUAAGUUAUCUGCUGCUUUCAUCAUUGUCUCCCCCCGCCCCAAAAAAAACAGUAUUUACCUGUAUAUGCAUAGUAUUCAGAUUAAUUUUCAAGCAUAAUUAUGAUUAUGGAAAUAUUUUCUUAUUUUUUUUAUUUCAUACCUGUGAUAAAACUUUAAUUUUAUGAGAAGCGGAAACCCGGACCGGUAAAUAUCGAUUGAAGUAUAUGAUAUUCAUAUAAUUAUAAGUAUUUUUUAUAAUAUUUCAGUGUAACAUUUAACGUUUAAUAAAAUAGGACUUUGA